AUGUCGUUAACCAACUGCCGCUUCUACGAGGAGAAGUAUCCGGAGAUCGAUAGCUUCGUCAUGGUCAAUGUCAAGCAGAUCGCCGAUAUGGGUGCCUACGUAAAACUGCUCGAGUACGACAACAUCGACGGCAUGAUUUUGCUCUCCGAACUUUCGAGACGUCGUAUCAGAUCCAUUCAGAAGCUCAUCAGAGUCGGUCGCAACGAAGUCGUCGUCGUUCUCAGAGUCGACAAGGAGAAGGGUUACAUUGAUCUGUCAAAGCGCCGUGUGUCCCCCGAGGAUAUCGUCAAGUGUGAGGAGCGCUACAACAAGAGCAAGAUGGUCCACUCCAUCAUGCGCCACGUUGCUGAGAAGGUCAACACCCCCAUCGAGUCGCUGUACGAGAGCAUAGCCUGGCCGCUUAACAAGAAGUACGGUCACGCCAUCGAUGCUUUCAAGCUCUCCAUCACAAACCCCGACGUCUGGAGCGACAUCACAUUCCCUAGCGACGCCGUCUCGGAAGAGCUCAAGUCCUACAUUGGAAAGCGCCUCACCCCUCAGCCUACAAAGGUCCGCGCUGACGUCGAAGUUACGUGCUUCGAGUACGAGGGCAUCGACGCUGUCAAGGCUGCUCUCCGCACUGCUGAGGCUGGCAACACCGAAGAAAACCAGGUCAAGGUCCGACUUGUGUCGCCGCCACUCUACGUACUGACCAACACAUGUCUCGACAAGAACACCGGUAUCGCCCGGCUAGAGGAGGCUAUUGUCAACAUUCGUACCAGCAUCGAGAAGGCUGGUGGCCAGCUCGUCGUGAAGAUGGAUCCCAAGGCUGUCACAGAUUCCGAUGAUGCUGAGCUGCAAGCUCUGAUGGAGAAGAGAGAGCGUGAGAACGCCGAAGUCAGUGGAGACGAGAGUGUCAGUGAGAGCGACGACAACGCCCCCGAGACGAUGUAG